AUGGCUGUCAGACUUGGGCUCUUGUUUCUUCUUCUCGUCAGCGUUAACUGGGUCCAUGCGGAUGUGAGGAGCAUAGAAGCAUCAGAUCUCGCUGGUAAUGCUUUGGGGCUUUUAUUUCAUAUUUUUAUUAUUUAUAAUAUAGUUUCAGGUGUAUUUUUAUGUUAAUUGAGAAUUGAACCUCAGUCAGCGUUUCUUCUGCAUCAGAUCUCAGCCGUUCAUUCUUCAAAUUCGAGUCAUCAUGUAGAUCGUGAUAGACUUGGGCUGAUUCCACUGUACUUUGACUUUCCAUCAUCAUGCCUACAUCUAUCUUUUCCCUGAUUCUUUGACGAAAACCCUCCAAAUUUUGACCACAUUCUUCUCAUCUAAUCUGGCUAACUUUACUAUAUCUGUUAAUUCUCAGUUCAUUACCGAAUCUGCUUUCCAUCUGCCAAACCUUCGCCCUGUAUCUGUAUCAAUCCGUUACUUUCACUUCGUAGUUAUUGCAGGAGGUAAAAAACGAAGAACAGAGCUUCUUGUCCGUUUAUAUAUUUUCAUCAAUAAACCCUGUCCGAAACAGACGUCCGAUCGAUAAUCCAUGUUAUCAUGGUUCAGUCCCGUGGUCCUGCUUCUCUCCCCCCCCAUCUAAUCUCCAAGUUCUUCUGACCCGAGUGAAGGAAACAAGUGGGAUGACCUGGUGAUGCUUUACCAGUUUCAGAAGGCAAGGUGAAGAACGAAAAUUUGUGCAUAUUGUGUGAGCAGUUUGCUGGUCAAGCAUUGGACUAUCUCAACGAUAACAAGACCCAAGAAGAGGCGAUCGAGAGCCUGCACCAUGCCUGUUCUGAGUUGCACCACUUAAGGGAGCAGGUGCUCUUUCGCUGAAUCGAUGUUUGUCUGUGAUUGUCCUGGUUUCAACGGGGACAGGAAUUUGAUUUUAUUUAAGAAAAUCCACUUAUUAUUUCAAUUCCAUCAUCGGGUUGACUUUUUUUUUUUAAGCAGUGCAUUUUGUUGGUGGACUACUAUGCGCCUCUCUUCUUCCUGGAAAUUGGCUUGGUUCAGCCAGAACAGUUCUGUACGAAGGUGAAUCUAUGUGGGGCCAAGCUGCCUGUUCAUCUACCCAAGGCUGAGGAUGCCUGCUCUGUCUGUGAGCAUGCCAUCGUUGACGUUCUGACAAAGUUGAAGGAUCCUGAGACGCAGGUGAGCGUAGGGAUCUUGAGAGGUCCACGCCUGCAAAACAUAUGAUAUCUGGGCCUUUAGAUUAGGAGAAUACUUGGGUUUUCAACCUGUCUUCCAGGCCUUAUAUUUUUUUACUAUUUUUGGUACACAAUCUUCCUUUUUAGGGUUAUAUUUUUGUUGUUAUUCCAUUUAGAUUUCUACGUCUUUAGUUUUCAAGUUCUUCUUCCUGUUGAGGGAAGAAUACAUGAAGGGUAUCAUAUUCUUAAAAGCUGCUCCUGUUCAUGGUUCAGCUGGAGAUCAUCGAGGUGCUUAUCAAGGCAUGCAACAAGGUGGAACAGUACAAGCAACAGGUGAGCCCCCGCUGGACUGGACCUUCGUCACCAUGCUUCUGAAUCUUCCUCUAGAGCUCGUAAAUGAUUGCUUCAUCCCAUGCUUCUCCACUUUCGAUCAUCCUCUGGGCUUUCUUCCCCCCCCCCUCCCCCCUGCUCGCCUUCAGUGCAAGAAGCUGGUCUUCGAGUACGGGCCUCUCAUCCUGGUCAACGCUGAGAAGUUCCUGGAGACAACGGACGUCUGCGUGACCAUUCGGGCUUGCAAGCCGUCACCCACAGAGACCGCCGUCGAGUGA